GAGGCUACUCUUCACUGACAACAUGGCGACGGCCAUGAGGAGGUUGCAAUUUAUGCAGAGGUCGUUCAUCGUUCAUCAUAUACGUCAUAACAGUGUUGCCUCCGCCUACCUUGCACCAGAUUCUCCUGAAAAGCAGGAGUCCUUAUACCCUCCAAUAAAACCAAAAUAUCCUCCAGGACAACAAUGGGGCAGCAUGACACCAGACUAUGCGUGGCUGUGGCACAGAAGGAAAGAAGAGAGCAUUGCGAUUGGCGAUGUCAGAGAGAGAACGAAGGCACUUUGCGAGAAAGAAAUGAACCAGCUUGUAUACAAAGUGAGAGACUUCUAUCCUCGGUCAUUAGCGUAUCACAAAUAUGUAACCAAAACUCGUGUGGUUGAUGGUAUACCGAAUGUUUACCAACGUUUCAUCGACGCUGCGAAGGUGGAUGCUCUUGUUGCCCGCCUGACACCAAUUGUGUCAGACAUCAUCCUCAUGGAGACAGAUCAGCUGGAGCGAAAGAAGUAUUUGCAAGAAGGAUUUUUUAACUACUGCACGAAACAAGCAUGCUUGCUAGUUCGCAACAUCCUUGGUACACUCGUAACAGAGAUGGCCGCAGAGUUUCCACAUUUGCAGACUGCUCAAUAUGAUGAAAACGUAACGAUCGCAGCCUUUUGGGAUCGGCAUGGGUUUCAGCGCAAGAGUCAAGUAAAACACCCCAAGCGCACAACUAUGCAGGAGGUUAACGACAAGCGGAUAUCUUCGUCCAGAGGCAUACUUGACUUUAUUCUCCGGUCUUCAAAGCCUCUUCCAGUGUUUGUUGAACGGGAUGAUGCCCUGUGUAAAGGAAGCAUCCCUCAGUUACAACCAGCAGCUCCAAUGGCGUAUGGACAGAAAGAGGAGAAAAAGGCUAAGCGCAGCGUUAUUGCAGGUCAUGUUUAUGGUGACCCUUGUGAGUUUGGACUACUGUCCAUCAAUGAGACACUGUGGUCAAGAAAGCUUACUAAAGCGUAUGGAGAGCAGCAUGCAAAGGACAACCGCUUGUGUCAAGGCAUUGGAUCAUCCUUUGUCUGGCUUGUGGCUCAGGCCUACAAUCAGGGUUUUAAUACCGUCAUUGAUCUCACCUACCCACUAAGCACUCAGACAGUUCUAACAGAUGGCAAGACGUGGCAGUUCCUGUUCUAUCAACUCAACACCCUUGCACUGUGGUUGGAUGAUGAGGCCAACAGUCGUGUCAACAUCUGUUGGAGGGAUGAAGAAAAGGACCUCUUUGUGGGCAUAGAAAAUGGAAAAGUUGUAGGCUUCAAUCCAGACAUUUUGCGUCAGUUGAUAAUGUGUCUUGCAUUAGCACCAGCUGAUCGACCAUACAGCCUGCAACCUACAUUGCCACAGAAUACAGAUGACCCAAAAGACAAGACAGACUUUAUUCCUCCAAAACCAGUGAAGGUAGAGGUGGUGAAGGAAAUUAAAUAUGUAGUGUAAAGGUAGGUCAGAAGUCAACAUUCAUGGAGAGGUU